CUAAUCGCAAAGGAAGCGUCGCUUGUUGCUGUUCACGUUCUAUUGGCUAUUCAAGUGUAGCGUGCAACGCGUUAGCCAAUCGGGAAGGACAAUAUACAAGACGGUCUUUCCGGGCCUAGUGAAGCCCCACUGCAAACUACCUAGAUAAACACAAAGAUGCUCCCUGUUCUUUCUGUCAUCGACUGAAAAAUCCUCUACCAGUACAACAUGUCGUUUGCUUACUAAGCAAGUAUUGCUGUUUAUAAAUUCAAAAGUAAACACAGAUUUUGUGUAAUCUGUGGGGAAACUGUCGCGUUGGACAUGGAAACUGACACGGUCAUUCCGAUUUGGCAGAACAAACCGCACGGAUCGACGCGCAGCGUUGUGAGACGAAUUGGCUCCACGCUGCCGCUCAAACCUUGCCAACGGGCAUGUUUUCAGGCGCUCCCUGGCCUGCCCCCUCUGAGGCCCAUGGAUGGCCCCAUGGUGCCCACUCUGGCUGAUAUCGCCUGGAUCGCCGCCGAUGAGGAGGAGACGUACGCUAGAGUGCGGAGUGACACCCGCCCGCUCAGGCACGAGUGGCGGCCGACGCCCCUGCUGGUGCUGCACAGGAACUCGUCGGUGCCAAACUUCCGGCGCGAGGGGAAGAAGGUGGAGGGGCUGAAGAAGCCGGGCGUGACGGCGCUCAACCGCACCACCGCCCUGCAGGACGAGCUCAGCCGGCUGCGCGCGCAGAUCGCCAAGAUCGUGGCCAACGCGAGGCUGGGCGCGUACUCCAACCCCCUCACCCCUGACCUGCUGUCUCCGGAUGACACCAGCAUGGGCUUCUCCAUGGCGCCCUUCGAGGCCCCGGCCUACCAGCCUAGCUCCGCCUCCUUCGUCAUCAGCGACGUGACCGAGGAGGAGGAGGAGGAAGACGAGGAGGAAGAGGAGGAGGAGGAGGUGGAGGAGGUGUCCGAGCUGGUGCCCGACCCCAUCCCUCCUGUCUCCAUGACGGCCUCGGCGACCUUCGACCUGGACCGGCCCACCAUGGAGUUCCGGGAGGCGGAGGAGGACACGGUGUCUCUGUCCAAGUCCACCAGCUUCGCCGACGUCAUGGACAUCCUGAAGGACAUGAACCGCAUGAAGAUGAGCAAGGACAGGUACAACCGCGGCUGCACCUCCCUGCGGGACGAAGACUCCGCCUCUCUCAUCUCCGAGGCGCUGAGGAAGAAGUUCACCUUGAAGGAAGAGGACGUCGUCAUGAAGAACAAGUAGCCCCGCCCCCUCGUACCUCAUGCCCCUCGACUCCGCCCUCAUAGCAUUUGCCUCCGGACCACAUUGCCAUUGAGACUCCAGCCGUCUGACAGCAUCACUUCAUCAGGGGACAGCCCUGCCCUGGCGCCCCCACCUCCCCCAAACUCCACCUCACACGCCUCUGACCCCCUGACCCAGAAGAGCUGGGGGGCUCAUCAGGCAGAAGGACCCCCAGCUUCCUGUUUUGAAGCACCCCCACACAGCAGGACUAAAAGCAGCUGUACAGGGUUUUACUCCACGGCCCUUAGGCACAGACCUCUGUACCCCCCCCCCACCUUCAGCCUGUUCUUCCCUGACCUGGUGGUAACAGCUAACAUACGAACAGAAACUGACCAAUCCCAGUGCUUGAAUAUUGUUUGAAAUUAGUUUUUCUUUUGAACUUUUUUUUUUUUUGAAUGUUUGUCUGAGCACAGCAUGUUUUUUUUUUGGGGGGGGGGGGGGGUGUGGUGUACAAAUUGUGUUAUUAUUAUUAUCAUUAUUAUUAUUAUUUGCUGUAGUGUUUUUGUUUUAAUUUUUAUUCUCCAGCCUGUAAUUGUUUUAGUAAAAGCAGAAUAUGUGCACACUGCUGAAUCACACUGCACCUCACGGUUACUGUAGUGUGACAUCACAGCUGAGACUAGGCCCUCUGUGACAUCGCAGCUUGGACUACGCCUUCUGUGACAUCGCAGCUCAGACUAGGCCGUCUGUGACAUCACAGCUUGGACUACCCCCCUCUGUGACAUCGCAGCUUGGACUACCCCCCUCUGUGAGAUCGCAGCUCAUACUAUGCCCUCUGUGACAUUACAGCUCAGACUAGGCCCUCUGUGACAUCAUAGCUUGGACUACCCCCCCUCUGUGACAUCACAGCGUGGACUACGCCCUCUGUGACAUCACAGCUCGGACUACACCCCUCUGACAUCACAGCUUGGACUACCUCCUCUGUGACAUCACAGCUUGGACUACGCCCUCUGGUGCUGUAGUUGUGUGAAAUGUGAAAGGGCGUGACUCUUGUGGCUUGUGCAAGUGUUUUUAUUUUAUUAUUUUUUAGCCAGGCUUGUAAAGGAUUCUGGGUAAAUGGCACUGCCAUUCCCUUCAUGCACACUCCUGAAGCAUUUGUUUGUUUUUUCAUUCAUUUUGUUUAGUUUACGAGUUGUGAUGCAGUGGAGUGAUCCAAAAGGGCGGCGGGUUGUUUGGCUGCGACACGGGUCGUACUGUCAGGAGGGUUUUUGUUCUAACGGCGGGUGCCUGCAGAACUUGGGUGAUAUCGCUAGCUCUCGGACGACGCCGCUAGCUCUCGGACGACGCCGCUAGCUCUCGGACGACGCCGCUAGCUCUCGGACGACGCCGCUAGCUCUCGGACGACGCCGCUAGCUCUCGGACGACGCCGCUAGCCCUCGGACGACGCCGCUAGCAUCUCUGAAUCACCCCGCUAGCUCUCGGACGACGUCGCUAGCCCUCGGACGACGCCGCUAGCCCUCGGACGACGCCGCUAGCCCUCGGACGACGCCGCUAGCUCUCGGACGACGCCGCUAGCUCUCGGACGACGCCGCUAGCUCUCGGACGACGCCGCUAGCUCUCGGACGACGCCGCUAGCUCUCGGACGACACCGCUAGCUCUCGGACGACGCCGCUAGCUCUCGGACGACGCCGCUAGCUCUCGGACGACGCCGCUAGCUCUCGGACGACACCACUAGCUCUCGGACGACGCCGCUAGCUCCUGUACACUACUGCUAGUUGUUAAAUUCCUGGUAAAAUAAUGUUUUCCCGGGAAAUGACGAGCCGUUCUUAAGAAGAAAAUAAAUGCAUGUGGGGAGAAUGGUGGCCAACUAAUGGACUUGUUGUACAUUGUAAAUGCUGUGUGUGUGUCUGUGUGUGUAUGUACGUAUGUGCAUGUGCGCGCGUGUGCCGUAGCUGCCUGUUUAAAGCCGGUCACCCCAGAUGUAUGGUGCUGUGUUUGAUGCAGAUUUUUUUUUUGAACCCUUCUUGUCCCCCCCGAUUGGUCUCAUGUUUGCUUGAAGAGAACACCCUGUCAGCUCUGCAGGUGUGUGGAGGUUAAAGGGAGCAGCGCAGUGUUUCAGAGAGCGAGAGAACGAGAGAACGGAGGAAUGAGGGCGAACUUGGAAGAGGAGUGGGGGAGCAAAGAGUGAAAGAGAAGAGAAAAGCAUGUGUCAGAGAGAGAGAGAAGGAAAAAAAGAAAGAGGUGUGAAAGAGUGAGCGUGGGGCAUCUCUAAGCUCCCUCCCUGUCGAUGCCUCGAUAGAAAUUUCUUUGUUUUGUAAUAUUUGGCGCCCAGUGUGGGGCUCAGCAUGUCCAGCUCCCACCCCCCAGUUUGGAACAGCCAAUCGUCUGCCACCGCAGCCGUGUGCACGAGCGUAGGCAUCUGCGGGUCUGCUCCGAAACGUGAGGUGUCACCCGGGCACGCCCCUUCUCAUCGCCCCAAACCCAAACGCCGUCGCCCAAUCACAUUCGGGCUCUGCCUAGAUGGAGCCAUGGCAUUGGGCAGCCCGGCUACCACCUACCAGCUGUCACUCUUAAGCCCCGCCUUCUCAUGUAGAACAAAUGCUGCUGCUCACUUUUUUUUUUGGCUGGGGGGGGGGGGGGUAUUGCUCUGUUCUUAUAUUUCUGCGUGUGAGCUCGUGUGUGUGGAACGUUGCUCUUGCCGAGCUGUAUGAAUAGCAUAUUUAGCUAGUUAGGUGGGGAAGAUGUGUUGUAUAAUUUAUCAGUGUUACUUUGCUGUGAGGUGUACAUGUUUCACUGUUAGCGGGAAUGACAACAUAGCCACCACCUUCCUGCCCGUGUUCCUCUGUCUUGCCAUGCGGUCCUGUUGGUCACAUUCACCAUUUUAAAACCCGCGGCCUGUUUUUUUUCAUCCAUACUCUGCCUUCUAGAGUAAUAAAAAAAAAAAAACUUUCAAUGGGAAUCUGACUAUUUUCUCCAUUCUAAUGGGUGGAGCUACUCUGUGCUGUCAGUCACAGACCCCAACAAAUGUGUAACCCUGUUAAGAAACCUCACUGUCACUCUCACUACAAAGAAUGUUUAAAAAAAAACAGCUUCAGACUAAAGGGAUAUGAAGUGCUCUACAAAAUGUGCUUUAUUUGUACUACUUCAUUAUUUUUAUUCAUUUUUUUUUUUUUGCUUAUGUGUGUGUGUGGGGGGGGGUUCAUUGCAUGGCUUCACUCAGCCUACCUAGGCUUCUAUAGCCCCUGAGAGAUGAAAGGAGGGGGUAGAUAGGUAUAGUUAUUGGCAGGACUCACCAGUACAGUACGUGAUUUAAUCCUUUAAAAAAAAGAGAAACGGGAGUAGUGACAAAACGCUAUCCAUCCUCCAUCUCCUCAUCUCUGUUUUGGGGUCAGAGGUCAAAGGUGGCUUCAAGAGGAAAGGAGCCUCUCGAGCAACUGAAACAGGAAAGCUGUCUGCAGUUUGUCUUUGCUUGGUUUUUUUUUUGUUGGUUUUUUUUUGCUGAAUGGAGAGUGAUCUGUUUGUAAGUCUUGCAUUUAAAAUAAACUUAAAAGUGGACUGGUACUUUAAGCCACAAAA